CGAAAAAGAACAGACCAUUUAUUACACCUUGCGCGCUUGGGUCGCAGUGGUGGCACCAGAGUUUAAUCUUAACCUAUCUUAACUUGCGUAUAAAAUUGGAGUUAAACAUGUCACAUUGCGAUACCGAUAAUAACAGCAUGCACAAUUUGUUGGACGAGAAGAUCAUCGAUCUGGAAAAUUGUAGAAAAUUAGUCAAAUCAUAUAUCGAUUUACACCUGUACAGUGCUGCUUUGUUUUGGGCUGACAAAGUGGUUUCGCUGAGUAAUGAGGACCCGAAGGAUAUAUGCACUCUAGCGCAAUGUAUGUAUCUCAUGAAACAGUAUCAUCGUGCUGCACAUCUUAUAAAGAGAUAUGGAUUAGAGAAGAGCGAUGUGAUGUGCCAUUACCUAACCGUGAGGUGUCUGUUAGAAGCAAAGGAAUAUAACGAUGCUCUUCAAGUCAUUAACGAAUCUGAAAUAUGUACAAACAUAACGCAAGCGGGUAUUACCUUCGCCGAUCGCACGGAUAUUUUUCAGGAUGCUCCAAAAAAUGUGCAAAGUUCAAUAUUAUACGUGAAAGGGAGAGUUUACGAAGCUAUGGAUAAUAGAGCAGUGGCAACAGAAUGUUAUAAACAGGCUUUACAAUGUGACGUUUAUUCAUACGAAGCGUUUGAGGCCUUGGUGCAAAAUCAGAUGCUUUCAGCUUCGGAAGAGCGGGAAUUAUUGGAGUCCUUGCCAUUUGCUGAACAAUGUACGAAAGGCGAAGCGGAACUUUUGCGAUUGUUGUAUGAUAGUAAAUUAAAGAAAUAUCAAGAACCAAAUACAAAGCAGUCGUUAACUACGUGUAGUGUAAUGGGAAUUUCCGUCACUGAAAGAUUGGCGGACAAUUUGGACAUGGAAGUCGCGAAAGCUGAAAGAUUAUAUUAUAAUUGUGACUAUCAUCAAUGUUUCUCGCUUACAGAAAAAAUUUUGAAGAAAGAUCCAUAUCACAAUUCCUGUCUCCCAGUGCACAUUGCCUGUUUAGUUGAGCUUAAAAAAACUAAUGCUCUGUUUUAUCUGGCACAUAGAUUGGUUGAUUUAUAUCCGGAAAUGGCGUUGGCAUGGUUUGCGGUUGGAUGCUAUUAUUACACCAUAGGCAAAAGCGACCAAGCAAGAAGGUACUUAGCAAAAGCUACUGCAUUAGAUAGACUGUUUGGACCUGCUUGGUUGGCAUAUGGACAUUCCUUCGCGGUUGAAAAUGAACACGAUCAAGCUAUGGCUGCUUAUUUUAAAGCGUCACAAUUAAUGAAAGGUUGCCAUCUUCCACUUUUAUAUAUUGGAUUAGAGUGCGGAUUGACAAAUAAUCUAAAACUGGCUGACAAAUUCUUUCAACAAGCUCAAGGAAUAGCACCGAACGAUCCAUUUGUAAUACACGAAAUGGGUGUUAUAUGCUUUUAUAAUUUAGAUUACAAAAAUGCAGAACGAUUAUUUAAGGAAGCUAUGAAAAGCAUUCAGGGCGACCUAAGGAAUGUGAUUCUGCCCAGUAAGUGGGAGGCGCUACUAAAUAACCUGGGCCACACUUGUAGAAAAAUGAAAAAAUACGACGAGGCACUAGAAUACCAUCAGCAGGCACUAGUCCUAGAUCCCUUGAAUCCAUCGACAUACUCGUCGAUCGGAUUCAUUCACGCGCUAAUGGGUAAUAUCCAGGAGGCGGUGGAUGCUUUCCACAGGGCGCUCGGUCUCAGAAGAGAUGAUACAUUCACCGCAACUAUGUUGGGUUACGUCAUGGAGCAGCUGAUUGAUGAGGCACCCCCAUAUCCUGAUGCGCCUACAGAAAUACCGAAAUACAAAUCCGAGGCAAAUGAAAACAGGUUAUCUGAGGCUAAUGAAGUUAGAUUGGCUGUGGAAAACUCCAGCAACGUAGAUAGCAGUUCGACUGGUCAAAAUAUUGAUAAGUUAAGAGUAAAUCUGUUCUCCGGAAACUGGGGGGAGAAUUCCGGCAAGGGGGAAACCAACACGCCCAGCAAGCUGGAGCAACAAACGCAAAAUGUAUUAGUUAAUUAUUCGAACGGUGAUACUUCGGAGGUUGAAAUGUUAGACUCCUCAACCGCGCACAUAGAAUACAAUUAACCCACAAAUGUUUUUUGUAUCGAAACAGAGCGGUAGCUUAAAAUGUAUCCAGAGUCAGCGAUAUUCAGUGUAGCAAAAUGAUUGUAAAUAAUGUGUACAUACUUUCUUUAUCAUAUAUACUCUAAUUUUGAUACACCUUAUAAAAACAUGAACAUCUUACGGUGAGAUACUAUACUUCGCUGGUAUCGUACCAAAAUUUGUAAUAAAAUUGUUAACUUAAAAACUAAAGAAUGUAAAGAUGUGAUUUUAAUAGCCACUUCAAAACUCAGUUACAAUUAA